AUGGCGUGUGUGAGUGAGGCAGAUGAUGGCAGCUGUGAUGUGCCCCCCCCUGGAGGUAGGGGAGGAGGAGAAAGACAAGAGGAGAAAAAGAAAACAAAUCCAACAGGAUGGGUCGGAGGGCGACAACUUGAGUCCAUGAUCCCGGGUCAGGUCAAUCAACGGGCGUGGCACCCUUGUCGAACAUGA